AGUCGCUUUGAAGGACGUGGAAAACAGUCAUUGGAUACUUUGUGUUUUGGACAUGAAGAAGAAGUUCGCAUCAUACUGGGACUCUAUGAGGACCGGACGUUCGAAAAUGCACAGGAUCCAUUUGCUUAGCGGAAUGGUGGGUGUGUGUUUUCAUCUUAAUAUGAAUCUUAUUAAAACCUUCCUAACAAUACAUCAUUUUUACUUCUUGUUACAGUUGAAUAAGCUAGAUGACUUGGUACUGUCGUCGAUGGAUGAUGUAUACGUAGGUCGACCGGUGUUCAAAGUUUUUGGUAUAGUCCCCGCUCCACCACUACCCCAGCAGGAUAACGGCCAUGAUUGUGGUAUUUUCGUCAUGCACUAUAUGGAGUGCAUUGUAUUUGGACAAUCUCCUCGCACCACCUACAAGGUUGACCAUAGUGAAAGAUUCCGGUUAGCAGUCAAUAUUCUCACAUCCGAGUCAAACAGGCUGUGUUUGAAGGCCGCACGAGAUGCGGCUGAUUAUUACAACACAUGUUUAAGUGAAGGUAGUCCAAGCUUAAAGAAAGGUGUUUGUCUCCCCCCAAGUCAUUCACCUUCCAUUUCCAUGCAUUCAGGGAAAAAGGGAAGAGGCCAACCCUGGUCUAACCCUCGUAAGAGAAAGAGAAAGCCAUGAAUGAGUUCCACCUUUCCUCAGUUGUGUCUGGUAGUAGGCGCUGUAGAACUAACAUGUAGGAGUUCGUUUUUUAUACCAAAUAUAUUCUACCCCCUCUCACUAAAUUAUUCGUUAGUUUUGUAAAUAUUUUUUGGG